CAAACACUUGGUCAACGUAAGAAGGAAGCUUACCAGCAGAAAGAAGUCUGAAAAAAAUGGGAAUGUUUUGUAAGACUUUAAAAGCAAGGAUUCAAAUAAUAACAUAAAGUAAAGAUGAGACGAGGAGUUCUCACCAGCACCAAGUGUUUGAUGGUGGGCCUUCUGGUGCUGGUCACUAUCUUCAUUAUUCACCUGACCAGAAUCAGAACUGAGACUGACCGGACCGAAUCCGAGAGUAUCUCCUUCAUUGACAAGUAUGGCUCCACACAUGGCAUCAUGUCCAAGUUCUUCUCAAGUGUCAGAGACUAUGGCAAGGCAAACAUUGAUCAUAAAAAACCACCUCUUGGAACGAGUAGAACGGAAUCGCAGUUAAAAAGUGCUAAAACACAUGAGGAAGGCCUUGUAAAGAUAAAGGAAAAAAAGCCCAAGGCUCAAGAGCUGGUUCAUACCAGUCAAAAUGUAACCAAGAAGGUUGGUUUUACUAUAGCAACAAAACGUGCACCACCAAAACAUUAUAUAACUAUUGAUUUCAAAGGGAGGCUGGGGAAUCUGCUCUUCCAGUAUGCAUCCUUAUUUGGAAUUGCUGAUAAAAACUACUUGAUUCCAGUGAUUUCUGAAAACAACGAACUACGGAGAAUUUUCAAAAUAUCGUCACAAUCCACAGAGAAGAAUCGGGUCCAUUACGGGAAAACAUUUAAUGAGAAAAUUGGGUGUGCUUUUGAACCUGCAGCAAUGAAACUUGGAUCAGAAACAAAUACGAAACUGAAUGGCUACUUUCAAAGUUUCAAGUACUUUAAAGAGAGUGAAGCAUCACUGCGUGGUCAAUUCAGAUUCAAGGAUGACCUACAGAAGAAAGCAGUUUCUGUAUUUUCUGAACUUGUUGCUGAAAAAUCUAACACUAAAAAUGGUCCUGUCACAUAUAUUGCUGUUCAUGUGCGCAGGGGAGACUUUGUAAACAAUGAGCACAUCAGUAAGUAUGGCUAUGUGUCCCCUGGGCCUGACUAUCUUCAGAAGGGUAUGGGCAUGUUCAGGGCUAACUACAGUAACACAGUAUUUGUGGUUGCAUCUGAUGAUUUACCUUGGUGUAAAGAAAACAUGAAGGGGAAUGAUGUAGUUUUCCUGAGUGCUGGGAACACACGUGAUUUGGACUUCGCUGUGAUGACACAGUGUAACCAUAUGCUGAUGACCGUCGGCAGCUUUGGCUGGUGGACAGCAUGGUUGAUCAAUGGAAAGACAAUUUACUACACAGGCUAUCCUCGUCCUGGGUCCCAGCUUGCUAAACAGAUAGUACUAGAGGACUACAGACCUCCAGAAUGGAUUGGUUUGCCAUAAUUUCUGGGGUUUUUGUUCUUGCCUCCCUUGUACAUUACUUAAGGCUUCACUAAUCCAGCCACCAUGCUUCCUCUACCCAAAUCAAAGGAAUCAGAUUCAUAAGAUAAAGUUUAAUGUAAAUACUGUCAAACCUGCUAAUGUAUGCAACCACCUGCAUUAAGAGACCACCUCUAUUAAGAGACCACCUGUGUUAAGAGACCACUUUUUGGACUUCCCAUAGGUGGUUGCUUCGUAAAGGUUUUACUGUAUAAGAGUCAUAAUAUAACUAUAUUUUACAUGUCUGGUCCCUAAUGUUCAAAAUUGAAAUCCAUUCAUUUCAUAUAAACCUGAGGAAAAAGAUGGAUAGAUUAAGGAGCAUAUAUAUAAAUUAGGAUUGUCAAAUGAAAUCUCAUUACAUUUUUUUUUAUUAUAUACAGUCAUAAUAUAUUUUGUAACAUUCCUAUAUUAUUAUCUGCAAAUGUUUGUACUUUUCCAUUCACACCUACAAUAUGUGCAUGUUGUAUAUUUCUACAUCCAUAGACGUUCACUUGGAUGUCUCCAAAUUAUAUCGGGUAAGCACUUAUAUAUAAUAUUAGUGCCAGUGAUUUGUGUGCACGACCAUUCCAGACUGCUGAUAUAGAUUUCCAUGUAGCUAGUUAAGUGUCUUAGAUGUCUCUGUAUUUCUGUAAUACAUUCUGUAUAUACCAGUAUAUAUUACUAAUGGUAAAACCAUGCAUUCCACUUAAUAUCACUUGCAAAAUAAAAACCUGAAUAAUUAUCACAGUUUAAAGAGAUGAGAAAUCAAGAAAUGUCUACAAAUAUGUGUUUAUAGUUAGCUUUGGUUGUGACACAGUGAGAAAUAAAAAUGUGUUUGAAAUGCAGAGCAUGAGAACACAAUAAUCUAUAUUUUAUUCAAAUAUGAUGAGAAUUCAUCGGAAAAUAAAUAACAUUAUGAUAAACACUCCAGUUAACGUUGCAAUCAAGAUUUUCAUUGGUUCAAAACCUUUGGUGACAAUAUGCAUAAUAUACAUAAUCAUUGUAAUGUUUUGAUUGUGUAAUUAUAAUCAGUCUAAGCUAAUUCUAACAUAUUCAUAACCUGAACAACUAUAAGUAAAAAGAGGAUUUAAAAGGAAUUGAGAAAUUCAAAACAUUUCUGAUAAUAGUCCAGAAUAUGAUUUUAUGCCAAUUUAAUGAGAAGGGAGGUAACUCUUAUAAUUAUUUUUGGAGCUGUCAACUCAUUUACCCCUGAAAUUUCAUAAUGAACUAUACCAACCUUUGAAUUGGAAUAGUUCAAUGUGUCUUCAGGGGUGAACGAGUUAAAGGAUACAUUUAAAGGAUCCCCUUUCCACUACACUGUGGUAUUCCGUAUAUAUACAGUAACCUCACCUAAACUUCCGUUUGGAUAAAACUGUAGCACAGUUCGACCACAGGGGUUCAUUAUAAAUGUCUAAUACACAUAUCCUAUACUAAAAUGGUUCACAUACACAGCACACAGACAUUUAUAACGAACCCCUGUGGAUUGGACUAGAUGACAAUUCUGUUGAUCAGCUGCAGGUAUAUAAGCUCAAUUGGUUAGCCACCAUUGUUAUGCCAUGGUGCGGCGUCCAUUGUCCGUCCGUCCAUUUGUCCGGCAUCAACUUUUUAGGUCACCUGAGAC